AUGCUCACGGGCGUGCUCGGGGCGACGCUCGCCGCCGCCCAGACGCUGCCCGCCCCAGCCGGGUGGCCCGUCUUCUGGUACAAGGGCAUCAUCACGGACCCGGCGACGUCCAUCUACAACCCGACCAACGAGUUCAUCUUCCCCAGCGUCUUCCACGCGGGGCGGUGGCUGGCCAACCCCCUGGCCGAGUGGUACAUCUACUACGCGCCGCACGACGACCCGGGCGGCAUCUCGCUGCGGUACUCGAACAGCCUCGAGGGCCCCUGGACCGAGCACCCUGGCAACCCGGUCAUCUCGCGAACCUGGGCCGGGCGCUACAGCGUGCCGCACGUCUCGAGCCCGGACGCCAUCUGGAACCUCGAGGCCAACGGCGGCAAGGGCCGCAUGAUCAUGUACUUCCACGGCAGCAACUCGGUCACCCGCUGGGCGUACUCGGACGACGGCAUCAAGUUUGGCUACGGCGGCGAGGCCGUCACCAACGCCAUGGGCGGGCCCAACGUCGUCGAGUCCAGCUACGCCCGCGUCUUCCGGCAUCCCAACGCCGGCGCGGCGGGCUCAAAGUACAAGUACGGCAUGUUCUACAUGGGCAACGAGCGCGACAACCGGCGCCGCAUCCGCCUCGCCGAGUCGGUCGACGGAAAAGUCUGGACCGUCAGCCCGGACUACGUCGUGGCCCCCGGGCCCGAGGAAGGCCAGAACGUCUCGGGCGGCGAGCUGUGGAACUGGAACGGCCAGCACUACAUCCUGUACCACGCCUCGAGCGGCAAGAUCUACGCCAGGACCAUCGACAAGACGCUGCGCAGGGUCGGCGCGACGCCGAUCGUGCUGUACAGCGGUAAGGGGGACAGCAGCGGAGACCGUGUCGCGUCGCCCGUCGUCGUGACGCGCAACGGCCUGACGUAUCUCUUCUAUGAGAAGGGCACCCGUCUCGGGGCGACGAUUGCUUGGGCAAAGAUGGCUGCCCAGUAG